UUGGCUCUAUUUCUGUGUUAGGCAACAUGAAGGUUAUUUUGCUAGUUUCUCUGUUAAUUUGUGGGCUUGAAAUGAUUUCCGGGGAAGAUGAAUACUAUGAGGAGUCAGCAAAGGUUUACCAUCAACCUGAUGAUAGCUACGUUAACGAGAAAAUCCAGGAGGAAUUACAAAAUAAUCAAGAAAAUAAUCAACAUGAGAUGACGGAAAAUGCAAAAGAAAAAGUUCAAAAUGUUCAUCAAAUUCCCGAUCAAACGCAAAAGUUUUCGGAAUUCAACCAGCGUCCUUCUUUUGAGGGUCAAUUUCCCGGCCCAAGACAACAUCCUGUGUAUCCUGUAAACUUCCUAGGACCACCUGUACGUCCCCCAUACACAAAUAGUGGAAAUGAUAGAGAAAGUCAAUCAGAUGGAAAACAACAAGAAUUAAUGGAAAAUCCAACUAAAAAUCAAUAUUAUCCGUUGAAUCAACCUCAGAUGGAUUUGCAGUAUAGGCCACACUAUCCUGGUAUACAAAAUUAUCCACAGAUUCCAGAAAAACUUGAAGAGGAAGAAGUAGAUGAAGAUGAAUAUCACCAACCGGAAUUUACGUAUCGUCCUGCCGUUGAUCCAAAAGGAUUCGGGCACAUGGAGGGCUAUCCUGGCAGGCAAAGAUCGUACAGCUUUGGAAGACCUCAUCCGUCAUAUCCACAUUUCCCGUGAUUUUUUUAAAGCCCAACAUAGAGCGAAUUAAUAUAAUUUUUCAAUUUAUACAAUGAAAGUUGGAUUGAAUCCUUCAAAUUAAUGAAAUAAAUUCAAUUGAAUGAAGAGAAUAAAAACUCACCCCCUUUUU